UUUUUUUGGCUCUACUGGCUACCUUCGCUAUGGAAGAACCUGAGAUGCAACUGAAAGGAAAGAAAGUCACAGACAAGUUCACUGAGAGUGUCUAUGUCCUUGCCAAUGAGCCAUCAGUGGCCCUGUACCGGCUACAGGAACACGUGCGACGCUCACUGCCAGAGCUGGCCCAGCACAAGGCUGAUAUGCAGCGGUGGGAGGAGCAGAGCCAGGGCGCCAUAUACACCGUGGAAUAUGCCUGCAGUGCUGUGAAGAGCUUGGUGGACAGCAGUGUGUACUUCCGAAGUGUGGAAGGCCUGCUCAAACAGGCCAUCAGUAUCCGGGACCACAUGAGCACCAGCGCCCAGGGCCACAGCCAGGAGAAACCAUCCCCUCCUCCUUCCGUGGCUUGACCCUGACCCUGGAAGACUUAGGGCUGCCAGCUUCCACACCCAGCCUCCUGUCUUGCAGACCUGGCAGAAUCGGUUCCUUGAACACCAUAUUGACGACUCAGCAAGAACUGAAGACCUAGCAAGGUGGCCAGUGCCUACUGCCCACUGCUUCAGCCAUAAUUGUCCCCCUUGGUCAUAAAUUAGAGUCACUGUUCCAGUAGCACUCAUGUGACAAUCUUUGUGCCUGUACACUAUCC